AUGUCGGCAUCGUUGGAGGGUGGGUGGUAUCCGGGCUCUACCCAACCCAGCGAAUUAAUAAUCUUGUUCAUUGAAUCGAACUUUGAUCCAAAACCGAGCCUGCUCGGCCAUGUAUUAUCCGAAGUGAGUUUUGAGCAGAUGGUUUGGGCAUUUUUUCGCGUGGCAGGUAAGCUUUAUGAGGGACUCAAGCUUGACCCGACCGGGACCGACAAGACCCGCUGCCCUGUAAGUGUGGUCUUCGCCUCCAAAGAAAAGGGGAUUGAUACCAUUUGGGACUACCAUCGGUCAUUUCCGGACAUGGAAUUUGAUUUCCAAGACUACAUGAAGGCAACUCUCAAGAGCGCGUUUUAUUCGACUCAGCAUACAGUCAGGGGGUUUGACUGGUCCAAGGUGAACAGUGUUGUCGAUGUCGGUGGAUCUGCAGGCCACAUUAGCAUGGCCAUUCAUGAUCAGUUCCCACAUAUCAAAUUUGUUGUUGAAGACUUAGGCGAUGUAAUCCGUGACCCUCAACAGCAGUUACCACAGCGGUAUACAGAUCGCAUCAGUUUCCUUGAGCACAGCUUUUUCGACGCUCAGCCAGUAACAGCCGAUUGCUAUCUGCUUCAUUACGUCCUCCACAACUGGCCAGAUGAGGAUGCCAAGAAGAUCAUUGCUGGUCUGUCCCCUGCCCUUGGUCCAGGGAAGUGGGUUGUGAUCGCCGAUCACGUUGUACCGGAGCAAGGGAAAACCUAUCAAAGCCUUGAAGGAUUGGUGAGAGUGCGGAUAAUCGGCUAA